AUGACGUUGUCUUCACCCACCAAAGUCCGAGAAAUCCGUCGAGAUGCCGAGUUUGUGGAUGAAUUUGCGGCUAUCAGCCAUUUCAAGAGGAAGAAUAGAGUCAGACCGUAUGAAGGGCGAUAUGUAAGUAUUACCGGGCCUGUUUUAUAUUGCUUUGUUUCCAAUUCUAGGCGAAUUAUGUUCGAUCUGUCUCAUGGAACUGUGAUGGAACAAUGUUAGCCGGUGGGAACUACGAUUCCUCUCAUAGCCAUGUGGUUGUUGGUCAGAUGGAUCCGUCAACGAACCGCCUGGUGAGUGGGACGCUCUUUGUGUUGUCUCCACUGUCUUUGCUUCAAAAUUUAGGCAAAUUUGUACUGGACGUCAAGUCUUGUUCAAUGUGCUUUGAAGACGUUUUCCUCGGCCUGUAAAACGUCUGAAUUUUAAUUUUGAUCUCUAUAAUUUUGCAGAGGCAUCAGUUUCUUGGUUCUGGACAUGACGAUUUUGUCAAUGAGGUCGCCUUUUCUCCAGUAGAUCCAUUUAUAGUUGCAUCUUGCUCAUCAGACCGAAGUGUUCGGGUUUGGGAUGUUAGAGUGACAAAAACUCAUCAUCGCUGUGUCACUUCGGGUAGGUCGCUUUUAUUCUUUUUUUGUUAUGAUUUUUAGGUUAAAUACGGCUGAAAAUUCUCCGAUAUUAUCCAUGACAUAGCCUUGAUAAUAAAAUUUGAAUAUUAUUUGCAGAUGGAAACACAGCGCUUACCUGGUCUCCAGAUGGAAAGAAUAUCGUGUUUAUUGAUAAAUCGGACCGGUUGCACGUGAUCGAUAGGGCAAAUUUGGAUGUGAAAGCGAGAUAUGAAUUCAAGGAGAAGAUCUAUGAUGUCACUUUUCAUCCAAGCCAAAAAUUCUUGAUCGUCUGUGGAACCGCAGGGAAAAUUGAUAUUUUACGGUGAGCUAGGAGUGUUUUCUUCAUUCAUUCGGUUCAUUUUUUCAGAUUCCCCGAGCUUACACAUUAUCGAACAAUCCAAGCGCACCCUCCCUUAUCCGACUGCCUGGCCGCGGAAAUAUCCCCAAACGGGCAGUAUUUGGCGAUCGGAGCCUCGGAUGCAUCAUGCUCAAUUUGGGAUCUUGAGGAUAUGAUUUGCGUAAGGACUUUGUCCAGAAUGGAUUAUCCAGUUAGGUCCGUUUCCUUCAGUCACUGCUCGAAUUUGGUGGCAAGUGGAAGUGAAGACUAUACGAUUGACAUUUCAUGGGCUGAGAAGAAUAUACGGUGAGUUUGUAGGGGUAAUGGGGAGAUUGGUCACGAUCUAUAGGUGGGAUAUUGCCUAUCAAGGAAAGUAAACAAACGUUUGUAUUCUAACAGUAAUUAAAGUGUAUAGAUAAAAUUUUUGUGCUCUUCACUACGUAACAAAGUAAGUGCACGCUAAGUCAACAGCAAACAAACAACGUUUCGCCAUUAUUUUUAAUCAACCAAUAUCAAAAAAAUAAAAAUUCAUUUUUCACAAGGAAAGUACUUCUAUGGGGUAUGGAGUUACAGGUCCAGACAUAUAUCAAAAAAAUCGCAAAAUUUUUCUGAUUCAAAAUAUGUAAAAGUUAGCUCCCUAAUUUUGGUUUGUAACGGUGAAAAAGUCCUCAGAACUUUUCUCGCAAGACCACGAGAAUGCCCCCUUUUUAAAUAUAUUGGAACUACUUAUUAAGGUGUAGUAUUAAUCAAAUUUGAUAUUGUAAGGCUUUUCAAGAUACCAGGGUUUACUUUAGCGCUAAGCUUUAGCCCAAAACAAAGCUUCUGAUUUGGUAAAAACUUGGUCAAAAAGGCAUUUCCGUGGUGUUGCGAGACAAGUUCUGAGGAUUUUUCACCCUUACAAACCAAAAUUAGGCAGCUAACUUUUACAUAUUCUGAAUCAGAAAAAUUUUGCGAUUUUUUUGGUGCAUGUCUCGACCUGUAGCUCCAUACUCCAUAGAAGUAGUUUCCUUGUAAAAAAUGAAUUUUUACUUUUUUUUGAUACCUGUUGACUAAAAUAAGGUCGAAACGUUGUUUGUUUGCUGAAGAUUUAGCGUGAACUUAUUUUGUUACGUAAUGAAGACCACAAAAAUUUUAUGUAUAGACCUUAAUUACUGUUAGAAUACAAAUGUUUGUUUAUGCGCCCAUUUUUUAUAUUAUCCAUGACCAUUUCAGAGUUGGUGAAGUAAACAUUCCAAAUGAAUGCUAUUCCCUUCAAUGGAACCCCAGAGCAUAUCUAUUGGCCUAUGCUACGGCCCCACAGAACGAACGGGAUCGAGAUCCAAUUACUUUCCGUGUUUUUGGAUAUCCCGCCGGCUCCAGAAGAGAUGACUAA